AUGGACUCCCAACACGCCUCCUUCAGUGACAUGGGGGACCAGUCGAUGAACCCACAGACCCCGUCUCUGUCGGACCAGCUCGACACUCAUCCCCAAGCCCCUCCCAACCGAAACUCGGUCUCCAGUUUCACCAGCACGCACUCGCGAUCGCUCAGCGCCACCAAGAAAAACGUAACUUCAUUACCGGCCAACCUCCUCCCCUCGGCUCCCGCUUCUCCUCCGACGCCCGCUCCCUCCCCGACCCCCCAUCAGCGAUCGCAUACUUGGCCCUCCGCCGACGAGGAAGAAACUACUUUUCUAUUAAACCUCCGCUUGCAUUUCAGUACUCUGUCCAACGCCCGCAAGCAAAAACUCCUCGAGGGGUUAUUGGAUGUCUGCGAUAGCCAGCAACUGAGUUUCGUCUCAAGUUAUGUCGGACCGCGGCUGAGAAAGGACCCGUUUCAAGUUUUUCCUAACGAACUGUGCUUGAGGGUUUUAUCCUUCAUCGACGACCCGAAGACCCUAGCAAGAGCAUCGCAAGUAUCAAGACGCUGGCGAGAGCUAUUAAACGACGAUAUCACCUGGAAGAAUCUGUGCGAGAAACACGCCUACUCGGUACGACGGAUAGCGGAGGAAGACGGCGACAUGGCAGAUUCAUUCUUUUCCCAGCCCGACUUAAGCUCCAGCACUUCUGCGCUGGAGGAUAUGCAGGAAGCUACCGGACAGUCCCCAGAAAAACCUCUGGAUCUUCCGCGCACGCUCUCGGGUGAAUGGCUCCCCACCAGCUUUCCCUCUCGGAGACGGCGGGCUCGCCCGGUCUCUUAUCGGUCGCAGUUUAAGCAAAAGUACAUGGUCGAGUCGGCUUGGAAUAAAGGUGGCCGGUGUACCCAGCGCCAUAUCACGCCCGACCAGGGGGUGGUGACCAGUCUACAUCUCACCUCCAAGUAUAUUGUGGUCGCCUUGGAUAAUGCAAAGAUCCACGUAUACGAUACCAAUGGCGACAACCAGAAAACCCUCCAGGGCCACGUGAUGGGCGUCUGGGCGAUGGUUCCAUGGGACGAUAUUCUGGUUAGCGGCGGCUGCGAUCGUGAAGUGCGAGUGUGGAAUAUGGCAACAGGGGCGGGUAUCCAUCUACUCCGUGGCCACACAUCAACCGUGCGGUGUUUGAAAAUGUCCGACCGGAACACGGCCAUCUCAGGGUCUCGAGAUACGACCCUGCGCAUCUGGGACUUGGCGACGGGGACCUGUCGGAACGUCCUGGUCGGGCACCAGGCCAGCGUCCGAUGUCUCGCGAUUCAUGGGGACCUGGUGGUCUCCGGCAGCUACGAUACAACUGCACGGAUAUGGAGCAUUUCCCAGGGCCGCUGUCUGCGCACGCUGUCCGGCCAUUUCAGCCAGAUCUACGCCAUCACCUUUGACGGUCGCCGCAUUGCGACGGGCAGUUUGGAUACUAGUGUCCGCAUCUGGGACCCGAAUUCCGGACAAUGCCAUGCCAUCCUCCAGGGCCACACUUCGCUGGUCGGACAAAUACAGAUGCGCGGGGAUACACUGGUGACCGGUGGUUCGGACGGCUCUGUCCGCGUGUGGUCGCUCACCAAGAUGGCACCGAUCCAUCGACUAGCUGCGCACGACAAUAGCGUUACUAGUCUUCAGUUCGACCACACCCGGAUCGUCAGCGGUGGCAGUGAUGGUCGCGUGAAAGUGUGGAACCUGCAGACUGGCCAGCUACUGCGCGAGCUCUCCAGUCCAGCCGAGGCGGUCUGGCGGGUUGCCUUCGAGGAGGAAAAAGCGGUGAUUCUGGCGAACCGGUCUGGCCGCACAGUCAUGGAGGUGUGGUCGUUUUCUCCACCCCCAGAACACAGCGACGACGAUACUGCCGUGAUCGAAAGCGCCUCUAGUACUCCAGGCCUGGGCUCUUCCUCCACCGACGACACUGCCGAACUCGUUCUCAACCCGGGCCGGCACCGGACGAUUUUCUCAGACCCUCCACGGACGGUCCCUUUGGGCAGUGAUGGCGAUGAUCAGCCGAUGCCCGAUGCGCCCUCUUCUUGA